UUUGCUUUUGUUUAAAAAUGACUUCCUCCUUUUUCAUCCUUCUCUUUCUUUAUUCACUUUCUAUGUCAACCUUCGGUGUGUGCAGAGGAACAGUGUGUGUUGGAAGUGAGAGAGAGACACUGUUGAAGUUGAAACAUCAUCUCAUUGAUCCUUCAAAUAGACUUUCUUCUUGGAAUGCUUCUCUCAAUCCCAAUUGUUGCCAUUGGUAUGGAGUUCUCUGCAACAACGUCACAUCUCAUGUUGCAGAGCUUCACCUCAACACUCCACUUCCUCUUUACGAUGAAAUCCUAGGUUAUCAAUUGGAUGAAUAUGUUUAUGAAGAAGCAUUGGAAAAGUAUUAUAGACGGGCAUUUGGUGGAGAGAUAAAUCCUUGUUUGGUUGAUUUGAAGCAUUUGAAUUACUUGGAUUUCAGCGGCAAUCUAGUUUAUAGGAAGCCAUUUCCUUCUUUCAUUGCAACAAUGACUUCCUUAACUCACCUCAACCUUUCUUAUGCUGGAUUCAUGGGGAACAUUCCUCCUCAGAUUGGAAAUCUCUCAAAUUUGCUCUAUCUUGAUUUAAGUUUUGCUUGCAAGGGAACAAUUCCUUCCCAGAUAGGGAAUCUCUCCAAUUUGUUGUACCUUGACCUCUCUUAUGCUUUGAACGGAAGAAUUCCUCCUCAGAUAGGGAAUCUCUCCAACUUGCUCCACCUCCACCUCAGCGGAGGAUAUUAUGAUGAAGAAUCUAUAUUUUAUGAAAAUGUUGAUUGGCUGUCAAGUCUUUCUAAGCUUUGCUAUCUUCAAUUGAGCAACACUCGGUCACCUGUAGGAGGUAUGCCAAUUCCUUCUUUUCUUGGCUCAAUGACCAACUUAAUUCACUUGGACCUCUCUUAUUCUGGAUUUAUGGGCAACAUUCCUCCCCAGAUUGGUAAUCUUUCCAAUUUACUCUAUCUUGAUUUAAGUUAUGCUGCCAACGGAACAAUUCCCUCUCAAAUUGGAAAUCUCUCCAACUUGCUCUACCUUCAUCUUGGAGGUGAUUAUUAUUAUGAAAAUGUUGAUUGGUUGUCAAGUCUUUCCAAGCUUUGUUAUCUUCACUUGAGCUACACUCGGUCAGUUGUAGGAGGUAUGCCAAUUCCUUCUUUUCUUGGUUCAAUGACCACCUUAAUUCACUUGGACCUCUCUUAUUCUGAUUUUAUGGGCAACAUUCCUCUCCAGAUUGGUAAUCUUUCCAAUUUGGCGUAUCUAGACUUAAGUUAUGCUGCCAAUGGAACUAUUCCCUCUCAAAUUGGAAAUCUCUCCAACUUGCUCUACCUUGAUCUUGGGGGUGAUUAUUUUGUUGGGAAUGAUGAUUGGUUGUCAAGUCUUUCAAAACUUGAAUAUCUUGAUUUGAGAGGUGCAAACUUAUCCCAAUCAUUUGAUUUUUCUUACAUUCUGCAAGCUCUUCCUUCUUUGAUGACCCUACAAUUGUCAGGAUGUACACUCCCUCCGUAUAAUCAACCCUCCUUUCUUAAGAGUUCGUCUCUCGUUACUCUUGAUCUUUCCCAUAUUUCUUAUCCUUCUACAUUUUCUUUUGUUCCAAAGUGGCUAUUUGGAUUGAAAAAACUUGUUUAUCUUUCUUUAUUUUAUAAUGACUUUGAAGGUCCAAUUCCAGAUGGUCUUCGAAACCUCACACUACUUGAAAAGCUUCACUUGACAGGAAAUUCAUUCUCAUAUAUACCUGAUUGGUUUUAUAGUAGUUUUCCUAAUCUAAAGAUCUUGGACCUAUCACAAAACAACUUGCAUGGGACUAUUUCUGAUGCCUUAGGAAAUAUGACUUCUCUGAUUAAACUUGAUUUGUCUUACAAUAAACUGGAAGGUCCACUUCCAACUUCUUUUGGUUAUCUAUGCAACUUAAGGGAUAUAAGUUUCUCAUAUCUCAAACUCAACCAGCAUAUUAAUGAAAUUUUAGAUAUUCUUUCACCGUGUAUUGCCCAUGGACUGACAACACUUGAAGUUCAAAGUUCUCAACUUUCAGGUAAUCUGACUGACCAAUUUGAAGUUUAUAAAAAUCUUGUCACACUAGAUUUUAGUGGAAACAAAAUUGGUGGAGAACUUCCAGCAUCGCUUGGAAAACUUUCAUCACUGAGAAAUCUUGAUUUGUCCAAUAAUCAGCUUAGUGGAAAUCCAUUUCAAAGUCUUAGAUCACUCUCUAAAUUGUCAUCUCUUGAUAUUGAUUAUAAUAAUUUUGAAGGUGUUGUCAUGGAAAAUCAUCUCAAAAAUCUUAAUAGCUUGAGUGAAAUUUAUGCAGCAGGAAACAAUUUGACUUUAAAAGUGGGUCCCAAUUGGCAUCCUACUUUUCAACUUACUUCUUUGGAUCUGAGUUCUUGGCAAUUAGGUCCUAACUUUCCUUCAUGGAUUCAAUCACAAGACAAACUUGAUUAUUUAGCGAUGUCUAAUACAGGGAUUGUAGAUUCUAUUCCCUGUUGGUUCUGGAACACAUUUUCUCAAGCUCAUUUUCUAGAUCUCUCUCAUAAUCAUAUCCAUGAUUUUUUUUGCAAAAGUCAAGAGAAGCCCAUGAAAUUAGAAUUUCUCAAUCUUGCAUCAAAUAAAUUAUCAGGAGAAAUACCUAAUUGUUGGGGCAUUUGGCCAAAUCUAGUGGAUUUAAAUUUACAAAACAAUAAUUUUGUUGGGAACAUUCCCCAAUCCAUGGGUUCCUUGACAACGCUAAAGUCAUUACAGAUACGUAAAAACUUGCUCUCAGGAACAUUUCCAACAAUUUUGAAGAAGACCAACAAAUUGAUUUUUUUGGAUCUUGGAGAAAAUAAUUUUUCAGGAUCAAUUCCAGCAUGGGUUGGUGAAAGUCUUUUAGAUGUAAGGGUUCUUAUCCUUCGAUCAAAUAGAUUCUCAGGUUACAUUCCUAAAACAAUAUGUGAUAUGAGUCUUCUUCAGGUGUUAGACCUUGCACAAAACAAUUUGACUGGACAUAUACCUACUUGUUUUAAUAGCUUGAAGGCCAUGACCAUGACAAACAAAAGUACAACUCCUCUUAUCUUUUGUGAUGCUAUAAGCAAUAUAUCUAGCUCUUCAUAUUUUACUAUAGUCAGCGUUCUUCUUUGGUUGAAAGGAAGAGGAGAUGAAUACAAAGACUUUCUCGGGUUGGUAACAAGCAUCGAUUUGUCAAAUAACAAAUUAGUUGGAGAAAUACCGAGAGGGAUCACAGAUUUAAAUGGUUUGUUAUUUUUGAACUUGUCUCACAACCAACUUAGUGGUCACAUUCCACAAAACAUUGGUAAUAUGGAAUCGUUGUUGUCCAUUGAUUUCUCAAGAAAUAAACUUUCUGGUGAAAUCCCUCCAACCAUUACAAAUUUGAACUUUCUAAGCUUGCUAGACUUGUCUUAUAAUCAUUUGAAUGGAAAAAUUCCAACAGGAACUCAGUUGCAAACCUUUGAUGCCUCCAACUUUAUUGGCAACAAUCUCUGCGGCCAACCACUACCCAUCAAUUGCAGCUUCAAUGACAAAAUUCUUCGCUAUGAUCGCAAUGACAAAGGGAGUGAUAGGCAUGGAGUGAACUUAUUUUUUGUGGGCAUGACAUUUGGAUUUGUGGUGGGAUUUUGGAUAGUAGUUGGUCCUUUGGUCAUUUUUAGAUCAUGGCGUUAUGCCUAUUUUCAUUUCCUUGAUCAUGUGUGGUUCAAACUUCAAUAUUUUUUCUAAUGUCGAUACAAUAUCUAAUGUGGUGAAAAAUAAAAUCAUUAUAAAACGUGGAAGUUAAUUUGGAUUACUCUGUAUUGCAUAGUUCAAAUUUUCAUGUCAUUUCUGUAUUGUUUGAUUUAUUUUGAAAU